ACCGUAGCUAUAGCUAUCUCUAAAAGGGUAUCGCUCACACAACAGCAACCUCGCAACUUCGUCACCACAUCCCAAGUAAAAGACAGCUGUAAAAGAGAGUGAUCAAUGAUUUGUACAUGUACAAGGUAGCAAGAACAGCCAUCGACAAUGGAGCAAGACGAAGAUCCCAUGAUGGCCUUUCAAGAAGGCGUGACGGAGAUAAUGAUGGCCUGCGAAGAGUUACGUCAGCCUUUCAAAGCGGAGAAUCCCAAGGUUCCCACGGCCGUUGUAGUCCAAGGCCGCGACGAUCUCAAUCUCAUGUUUGAAAAUCUGGGAGGGAUGCAUCAUCAAUUGCACCAGAAUAAUAAUAAUGCCAAUGCCGGUAGCAAUCCAGAAGAUGAACAAAUACAAAAGGAUCUGUUUCAGCACUGUCAAUUACGGGUCGCUCAAGUGGCACAGUUGGUGCUCGAGCGAGCCAUGGCCAGUGCCGAACCACAAGAAGAGGAGGAUUCUUCCAAACGGAACAACAAUGCUGAUGACGACGACGACGAACAAGCUGCCCAAGCCGCACAACAACAGUUGGAACUCGAACGACAAGAUUUUCAAGCCAGCAUUGCUCGCAUUGCCGAAUUGAAUUUCAUUUGGUGUCUCGAGACGGGACAAGAAGAGCGAAUAGCACAAAUUGUGGAACAAUACGCGGCGAGUCAACGCAAUGCCUUGCGAGAACGAGCCAAACCGUCCAUUGCGAGAUUGGUGCAAGAACGACGCAACAAUAAUGAUUUGGUGAUGGAAAAAUUGCCACACAGUCACGUCAUUACCGUCAUUUUGGGACAAGCUUCGGCUUUGAUUCAUCCAUUGCUGACAUGGCUAUGUAGUCUGCCACCUCCUCCGGAAGCGGGUCAACUGGUGAAUAAAUUGGUCGAAGCCAUUCGAUCGCUUUGUGAACAAUCCGUACAAGUACUCGAUGAGCAAGCACAGACGCUGGUUAAAACGGUCACGGGUUGGUUCUGGACGGAUCGAAAUGUUGAUGACUGGAUGGCCAAGAGCAAUUCCCAAGAAGGAUUGGGAAGUGACAGUAACAACAACAAACUCUACUUGGGUACACUCGAUGGACUCGUCGAAGAAAUGGCGUUUUCUUGUCAAGUAUUGGCACGGUAUCAAGCACUCAUUCAAAGCGUCCCACUAGCCGUGGUCCAAAAAACCAUUGAACACGAAAUAUCCCCCGAAUUCCAAUGGAAAUACGCCACCUUGGAACGAUUCUUGGCCACGCAACAAUGGAAAUCGGCACUUAUGUUGGCCACACCCGUCAGUAUCGUAUUGGGGACAUCGAUUCAAGUGCCGUCCGUCGUGGAGGAUGCCCAAUAUCUCAGCACGCGGGCACUGGAACGAGCGGCAUCGACGCGGUCUACACAAGCCAUUGGGACCGUCGCCCAUGCCAUUUCCAGUCAUGUAUGGUCUACCGAUAUCACGGGAGGGGUUCAUCAGGCAUUGGCCGAUCAGGUUGGAUGUUAUGUGGAUGGCACUGCAUCAGCCACCGAACAACAGCAAGCAUCACAACAACAAUCCCCGCCUCGUAGUAAUACCAACAGUUUUGCCUCGGCCCUCUUGGGUGCCUUGGAUGAGGAUAUUGGCAACAAGAAAACUCCACCCUCUUCGCAACCUCCUUCCAGUGGAGGAGCACCGUCUUCGGGAGGGCUCUUUCAAUCGUUGGUGGGAGGCGGCGAUGGCCUACAGCAAAUACGCAUCAAUACCGAUUUCUGUAACCUCAAUGGAAUUCACUCGGCAUCGACCGCUUGUCGAUCCUUGGUCAAAUUCCUAGAUGGACUGCUGGAAAAUCCAGAGGCCAACAAUGAGGAAGGUGGCGACCCAGCAGCAUCCUUGAAACAAAUGAAUGCCAUGAUUGAACUUGCCAGGGAGGAACUAUCGCACUAUGGCAAUGCCUAUGACGCCAUGUUGAAGCUGAAAACACAGCAUGUCAUCCAACAGUGGUGUGGCAGUCUGCAAGAUCCACCCAAACGAAAGAAUUGUCCUUGUAUCCCGUUGUUGCGGUACUACUUUCUCAAUGAAAACUUUGAAUUGGAUCAGGCAUCGUUCAAAGCUGCCGAAUCGGAUUCUCGCUUGGAGCAAGACCUGUUGAGUGCGCUCAGCGAAUCCAAGUUUCUCCAACAAUCACACGACAAGAGCGAUGCGGAAGUAUUGACUGGAAUCCGAGAAGAGCUUACACAAAUCAUUGAGGAAUUGAUCUUGGACUGCUUGCUUCAUGCCGAACCUCCCAAGCGAUUCACCGAUUGGGGUUCGCUGUUGCUUAGCAAACAAGUUCGAAUGUUGAAACUGUACUUGGCCAAGUUGCAAGACAAGAACAAUACCAGUGGUGCCGCGGAAUCCAGGAAUCCUGCUGCGACAACGAAGUAUCGACCGUGGGAACGUUUGUCCCAAAUCGUCACCGUGUUACAGCUAGAGAGACCAUCGGAUUGGACGCUGUAUCAAUCUACGUCAGUGCUGACACCCCAAGACGUUCGGACAGCUAUGCAGCUACGAGUGGACUUUUCAGCAGAGGCCAUCAAGACAGUUGUUGCAGCCAUGAGUACCAAUGGAGCGAACGGACAACACAAGUAGAGUAACUGUUUCCUAAUUGAUGCUAAUAAGGACAAACAUUUUUGAUUCG